UCCAAUCUUGCCGGAAGUGACGAAAGAGUCGACCGGCUCGGUGACUGCGGAGGGCGAGCUAACACCUGUGCGUGAGUGGGAGGCUGGUUGUGCAGUGUUGGUGGAACCUGAGAGGCCACGGGCGCCCCGCUGGGCUGGGGGCCGUUGCCACGAUGGGCCGCGAGUUUGGGAAUCUGACGCGGAUUCGGCAUGUGAUCACCUACAGCUUGUCACCUUUCGAGCAGCGCGCCUUGCCGCACGUUUUCAGUAAAGGAGUCCCCAACAUGCUGCGCCGCGUUCGGGAGUCUUUCUUUCGCAUGGUGCCGCAGUUUGUAGUGUUUUAUCUUAUCUACAAAUGGGGGAGUGAAGAGGUCGAGAAAUCCAAGAAGAAGAAUCCAGCUGCCUAUGAAAAUGACAAAUGAGCAAUGCAUCUGGAUGACGGUUCCCUGUCUCUGAAAGACCUUUUUCUGGAAGAGGAGUCUGCAUUGUAGUGUCUCAAAGACACAAUAAACUUCCUAUGGUCUGCCCUGUUGUGAUUUUA